AUGCUCCGAUAUGUGGGCACGUCGGCCGAUCGGGAUUUUGUGGACAGAAUCAACUCCUUCUUCACAACGAACAUCUUGAUUGCAUUGGCUGUGCUGGUCAGCUUUAAAGUGAGUUUUUGGCUUGAUUUUGAUGUUAUUCUUGAUGGAUUGGUCGAUAUUGGGAAUUGUUGGUGAAUUUAGAGUGUAAAGUAUAUGUUUUUGUACUUAAAAUGUCAGGAAAAACUUGUAGAAUAUUACAAUAGUAAAUGCUUUAACGAUUUUUAGUUCUGCUUUAAAUUAUGGCUUUUUGUCUGAUAUUAUCCAUGAUGCUUAAUAGGUGUAAAUUGAGAAGGUCAUUUCUUGAUGAAGAUAAAUGUUAAAUAUACUGAGUUUACAUUUAAAUUGUUGAUAAUAUUGUGUAGAUUUUGAAAAUAUAAGUUUUGACUUUGAGUUUUUACUUUCUUUCGAAUUAUGAGGACUUUUGAUAUUACCUAUGGUGCUUUGACAGGUGUAACUUGAAAAGACCAUUUCUUGAUGAAUAUAAAUGUCAAAUAUACUAAAUUUACAUUUAAUUUGUUGACAAUAUUCUUUAGAUUAUGAAAAUAUAACUCUGGUUUUGAGUUUUUACUUACUUUCAAUUUAUUAGGACUUUCGAUAUUAUCCAUGCUGCUUGAUAGGUGUAACUUGAGAAGGCUAUUUCUAUAUGAAUUUGCUUGUUAAACCUAAUGUUUUUUCGUUUAAAAUGUUUAUUAGAAACUGUAGAGUAUUAAAAAAUAAAAAUUUUUGACAAUCGGUUACUUCGCUUUGAGUUAUGACAUAUUUUCUUAUAUUAUCUAUGGUGCUUGUUAUCAACCGUUUUUAAAAUCAAUAUUUCAGCUAAAUUUGAUUAAAGUCUAUAUACUAUUUGAUUUUAAAAAGUGUAAACAGGUAUCUAAAUUAAUAUUUUUUAGCAAUUCGGCGGUAAACCAUUGGAAUGUUUGACUCCGGACGUGUUUUCUGGGUCUUGGGAGGAGGUGAGUUUAUUGUAAUAUUAUUGUUUUGGCUAUUUUGGAGGUUGUUUUAUAACAUUGAAUGUAAAAUAAGGCUUUUAAAUCUGAUUAUGAAAAACUUUGUUAUAAAUUUUAAAGUUGAGGUAUAUUCGACCAGUCGAUAUUUAAAGUUGAGGUGUAUUCGAUCAGUCGAUAUUGGUUUCACGGAUUUUAAACUUUUAAAGUAAUGUAAAAUACGGUGUCGAUGGCUCUCUUUUGUUUAUAUUUAAAAUUACCCGACCAGUUGAUACAAUUCAAAACCAUUUACAUCGAUUUGAUACCUAAAAAUGAUGUUUUGGUUACCAAAUUUGGUAUAAUAACACGGUUUUUGUGUUCGAAAACCGACUGUUACCUAAUAACUUGAAUAGGGACAAGGCAAACAUUACCUUUAUAUAGUUGUACGUCUACGAAUUACUCAUGAAUCGGGGCUGUUUUUCACUUUGAUUUCUUGACACUUUUGGGAAAUUGGAUUGGUGAUCGAUUAGGGCAGGGUGAAUGAAUGUGGAUGGGGGUGGGUUGGGGCGUUAGAUGGUAAGAGAGCAGGGUAAGGUAUUUUAGAGUAAGACAGGGUAGAUUGUAGCAAAAGAGGUAUGGUAAGCUCAAUAGGAUACCUUUGGGCAUGGGUUUUUGAAAACUCUACUCAUGUUACCUGUCGUUUUACCAUCGUAUCUCUUUAAAACAACAUGGUAACCUCAAAAUAUGUUAACAUAUCUUCUACAGACUCUAGUGCAUCUUUUUGAUAGUUGUUUGGAUGAGUAGUUGUUUGGGAAUGUCUGCAAAUUUAGUUCUCAACAUAAGUCAUCACGUGUAAUAUAGACUGUUUGUUCACAGUGUUGAUUCUCAAUCAAUUUUUAAUCUUUUUUGGUUGAAAUUGGUUUUAAAUGAUAGUAAAAAGAACAAAGAUUAUUUUUGGUGUUGUUUUGGGCGUGGUAAAUUUGAUAAGCGGGGUGGAUUUUCAAAAUUUCUCAAAAAUUUGACGAUUUUUGGCGAAUUUUGGUUGAUUUUUGAUGAUUUUUUCAAAAACUGACAUUUCUUUUUGGAUAAAAAAGAUUUUCAACUAAAGGGCAACAUUUCUAGAUCUAUGUUAGAUACGUAUUCUUGUAAGUAUAGUUGAUUUAAGAGUAGUAUUUAGUCAAAAGCCAAGACAAAGUAUACUUGCACUUGAUGUAAAGGUAUUUACAGAGUUGCUACUAGAUGUUUACAUAGUAAAUAAAAGGUGAAAAGUCACGUCUGUUAAAGAAAAGUACAUUUGGGAGUGUUCCUAUUGGGGGUUGGUGUAGUUUUUUGUUGAAAUAGGGGUGAUUUCGAGAUGUUUUUGGGUUGUUUUGAGGUUUUUAAGAUUUAUUUGAUAUAAAUUUGUAGCUCAUAUGCUUGCUUUGCUUCACCUUGGUUUUAUAAUACGCCUGUUUUUACAGUUUUACCACAUUGCCUACUUUAACCCUACCUCUACUCCUACCCCUGUCUCUACCCCUAUCACCACCCCUACCCGUACCCCUACCCUUACCUCUAACCCUACCCCUACCCGUACCCCUACCUUUACCCCUACCCUACUCCUUAUCCCCUACACCUUACCUCUUACUCUUUCCGCCUUAACCCAUACCUUAUACCUGUACUAUUACCCUUAUUAGUACCGCUACUUCUAUCUUUAUACUUACGUUAGCUCUACCCGUACUUCUACUUUUAACUAUACUCUUUCCUCUGCUUUACCUUAACUUUUACCCUAUUUCCUGCUUUUUACCAGGCUGCGGUUGACAAGUUAUACGAUGCUGUUUAACUCUUAUUAUUAUUUUAUUUUUACUGUGAUGUAAAAUACGCAUAGGGUUUCGAAGUCAUUAAAAAAUGAAUUUUCAAAAUUUUAGUUUUAAAAAACUGAUGUGGUAUCUUCAUGGUGUACUAAAAUAACAUCUGGCUUGCUUAUUUUGGCUGUCUGUAAUUGUAUUCGUACUGUUAUUACUAUAGUAAGGCUAUAUGACAUAGCCAAUUACUUGGCCCAAGUUGAAUCGUACACAUAUUCAGUACCGUAUGACAUAGCCAAGGUAUAUCAACUACAUAUUCAGUAUCAUACGACAUAGUCAAGUGGUAUCAUUGAUAUAUAUAACAACGUAAAGUUUAACAUAUAUGACCUAGUAAAGUCAUAUUGUACUAGACACGGGUGAUGAAUAUCCUUGGCAAUGUUGUGAACUGUGGCCAGAUCUUCGCCGAUCCACCAACGUUCAGCGACUUUGCUGACACUGCCAAUUCUAUUGUGACCUCGAACUUCAUGAUUGUGUUGGCAUUGAUAAGUUCGUAUAAACAGUUUGGAGGGCAUCCAAUCGAGUGUCUUAUCCCUGAUUCAUUCCCUUUCUUGGGAUCUGAAAAGGUAAUGGUUUUGGUUUAUUCAGUCACUAUAUAGAGGUUAUGUUUAGACCUAUAUACUUACUAUAAUGAGGUAAUGUUGAAGCUUACUUAUUUUCAAAAAUUUUCAAAUUUGUUGUAAAAAAAUAUCGACUGGUCAGGUGAAAAAAUUAUAACUUUAAAAUAAACAAAAUUAAAAAAAUAUAUAUAAAAAAUUACUUAUUUUACUAACUAAAACAUCAAACUUUAUCUCCCAAUCUACUAUAACAUCUAAUUCUCACAUCAUUGUCUACUACAAUAUAAUUUUUAGUACGCCGAGAAUUUUUGCUGGGCCCAAGACACAUAUUCAGUACCAAUGAGUGAGAUAGUUGAUGGAAUGCCCAAGGACGAGAAAUAUCAGCGUCGCAUCAGUUACUAUCAAUGGGUGCCAUUCUUUCUUUUGAUCGAAGCUGCCUGCUUCAGACUUCCCUCACUGCUCUGGAAGUACAUGAGUGGUCAUUCGGGUAUCAAGAUCCAGGAGAUAUGCAAAUUAUCAUCGGAUCCCAACAAUAUCAAGCCUGACAUCAAGCGUGCCAACAUACGAUCCCUGGCCGUUCAUCUCGAAGGCGCACUUCGCUUCCACAAGCGGUUGAACAAAAAACAGCUGCGCCCACACAACCUGCUGAGAAUGUGUAACCUACCAUACUCGGCCUGCUAUGUUACAGUAACCUAUUUGAUCACCAAGUUUUGUUACCUGGUCAAUGUGCUGGUUCAGUUGUUCUUGAUGAACAAGUUCUUGGAGACGGACAAGUACCAGUUUUACGGGUUUGGUGCACUCUUGGAUCUGGUCAGAGGAAGGACGUGGGAAAGUAGUGGCGUCUUUCCUAGAAUUGCACUGUGCGACUUUCAGGUAGGGCUAAAAUUGAAUUUUGAGAUGGAGUGUAUGGGGAAGAUUCUGCGAGGUAGACAUGAGGAACCGGCCGGGUUUGAGAGUUAGGCCCGAUCUAAAUUUGGCUCAGGUCCGUCCCGGAUUGUUUUACUUGUACACGAGCCGGGCUGGGCCAAGUCUUGAUUUCCAGGCCUGGCCCGACCUAAAUUUGGGUUUCCCAUGUCUACUUGAGGAGGCGGGAGGGGGGGGCGAUCAUACCCUAAUCUAACAUACUAUAAUUUAUGGUAUGUUAGGAUGGGGCAGAGCACAGUAAGGUAUGUUUGAUAAAGUAGGGUAGGGGAUGGUAUGGGUAGCUAGUGUAUGGUAGAUCGUUCUCUUGUAGAGUAAUGGAUAGUGGGGGUACAGCAGAACAGGGACGUCGCUACGGUUUUACCUGUCGACCGAUUUUCGAAAAUUUUUUUUUUCGUUUUUUCACGUACAGGUACCUCUGUGGAUUUUUUUUCGGAUCGGCUCUGGGGGGGGGGAGCUACCCCGAACCACCCCCCCCUCCCUCCAAACGACGUCUCUGCAGCAGAAGGAUAUUACUCCACUCUACGGUACGGUGUAUUAGUGUGAGUGAUUCCGGAGUAAGAUAGGGUGCGUUACCGCUUCGUUAUCCUGGUGCUAAGCUACAGUAAGGCGGGGUACUAUAGGGUAAGGUAUGAUAGGGUAAGGUAGGGUAGAGUCGGAAACGGUAGAUUUAAGCACUGCUUGGUUACGGUAGAGUAAUAAUUCAAAAUACUUUUGUUCCAGGUCCGAGUGAUGGGCAACAUCCAAGAACACACGAUUCAAUGUGUUCUAGUGAUCAACAUCUUCAACGAGAAAAUCUUCAUCUUCCUCUGGUUCUGGUACGUCUUCCUAUUGUUAUUGACAGCCGGUUCCUUCCUCUAUUGGCUUCUCGUGGCCAUCUUCCCUUGGCCCAAUGUCAGGUUCGUGAAGCGACAUCUGGAGAUGAGUGAGCUGGACGUGGAUCCGGACGAAAAACAAAAAGAGGUCAAAAGAUUCGUAGACAAAUUCCUGAGGACUGAUGGUAUCUUCGUGUUGAGGAUGUUAACCUUACACUCCGGAGUCAUCUUUGGCACGGAAAUUGUCCAAGAGCUAUGGCAAAGGCAUUUCAAGGUGGAGCUGAAGAGGGCCAAUUCUGAAACCAAAAUUGGUAGGUUAAAUUUAUUUUUAGGAGGGGGGGAGGGGAUGAUUGAAUUUGUUUUUAGGGGUGGGGUGAUAAAAUUAUUUUUAGAAGUCGGGGUGGGUGUGGUAAAAGUUUUAUUUUUGAGGGUGGGGUAAAAUUUAUUUUGAGGGGGUAAAAUGCAUUUGUGACAAAAUCCAUAUUUUUAGGUAAUGUGGGGGUGGUAAAUUUUUUUUCCGGGAGGGGGGGGGAGGUGGUAGGGUAGGAAAUGGUGUUGCAGGGCAUGGUGGGAGUAGCUUGGCUUGAGUAAAGUACGAUAGGACAAUGUAGGAUAUCGGGGUAGAGCAGGGUAGGGUACGGGCAGGAUAGGGCAGUGCAGUAUAGGUAAUGGGUAGGGUUGGCCUGUAUGGGUGGAGUAUGAGGUUAAGGCUCAUUUUAAUUUUUUUUUCAAAAACAGGAAUUUAAAAUAAUUUCAAUUUCCAGGCUCCCCCUCCAAGUCAUCUCUGUUUGACAGUCCUAGCCCAAAGACUAAUGAAUUGAGGAAUCGAAGGUACAACGAGCCUCAAAGGUUUUAUCCAGACAUUCGUCGAAAUUCGAGUGUGACAGAGCAGCUAAUCGCCCCACCCCCACCGCCCGACUACGUUCUACGCGAACUCAUGGCCAGAAGUCAGGCCAAUUCUCCAAGUAAGUCAAUAAUAACAUAAAUAUUUUUUUAAUUUUUAAAUUUUUUGGUUUUCAAGGGCACAGAUUGCUAAAAAAUGGAUUUGUAAGGGCGCAGCUUGCUAAAAAAUUUUAUUUUUAAGGGUGCAACUAGCUAAAAAUUGGAUUGGUAAGGGCGCAGCUUGCGAAAAAAAUGUUUUGUAAGGGCGCAGUGUACCUUAAAUUUGUAAAUAAGAAAUUUAUGUUUUUAAUUUUAAAAAAUGCGAUUUUUCGUAUUUUACUGCAGUUGUAAACUUAAAAUGUUAGGUUUUCAAUGGCGCAGCUUACCAAAAAACAUUGAGUUUGCAAGGGCGCAGCUUGCCAAUACAAUUCAAAGUAAUUAAAAUUUAAUAAGAUUUUUUAAAGUAAUUGUUAUUUUAUUGUUCGUAUUUUACUUAUAUUUUUUGAAAAAUUACAGUUUUUGAUUUUCAAGGGCGCAGCUUACCGAAAAAAUGUUUUAUAUGUCUACCCCUCCUCCUGUUCUGCUAUAGUGUAUAUGUUGUUACUACAGUAACUUUGUCGUACGUCCUUUUUGUUUAUGUUGCUAUGAAUGUUGUAACGCUGUUGUACAUGUCGUUUCCCAUUCUCAGGUACACAAUCCACCUCACCCACCGUUCAACCGGUCUCACCUCAGCCUCCAGCGAACAAUAACAACAUCUACGAGCACCACCACCCCUUCCCCAAGCCAUAUCACCACUUUAACGAGCUACCACCCCCAACCUCGGCCGCUGCCACGCCCAUCACCGAGCCGAUACGAGAGGUACCCGAGCCAAGGCAGGUCCGGCUUACUGUAACUCCGACUGGGCCGGCGACGGCCGCGGUGCUGCGACCUUACAGUAGGGAUCAAUCACCUGGAGAUCAUCUGAAUAAGAGGAGCUUGGAAGGUAAGGUAGCUAUCGUAAUGUGUAUAUUAUACUAUGUACUGUAUAUGGUUGUGGUAGUGAUAGUGGUAGUAUUACAUAGUGGCAUUUGUACUGUGGUUAUUGGUUUCUGUAGGUGGUUACGGUAGAGAUUUGGCUUAUAAUUUGUGUUGUGCUUGGUACGGUACGGUAGGGUUGGGUAUGCUAUGGUAAAAUAGGGUAUGGCCGAAUGCAGUAUCCUAUGGUAGAGUAGGAUACGGUAUGGUGUAGAAGGGUACUGUAGGAUAUAAUAAGGGUAGGGUAGGCAAGGAUAAGAUAGAGUAGGGUAGGGUACUGUAGGAUAGUGUAGAGCAGGAUCGGGUAGGGUGUUUAUGUUAGUGUAGGGUACUGUAGAGUAGGGGGUAUACUUUAAGACAAGCAAGGGCUGCAAUACAGUAUGACUCUAGUAAGGUAAACCUACCGUAAUUUAUGGUAGGGCAGGGUAAGGGAGGGCAACGUAAGAUGGGGUAUGAUAAACUUUUUUGGGGGUGGAUUUAAAAAAAUUUUUUUUAAUUUUGGUUUUCAAGCUGCGUCCUUCUUUAGGUAUAUAGUCAAGUAAAAUUAUAACCUUUUUUUAAAUGGCAACCUGCGCCCUUUGUUAGGCCAAUUUUUAUUUUUGUUGGUUCUGACUUGUAAUUUUUAAAAUACGAGAUGAGCCACUUUGAUAUGAUAAGCCAUUUUUUUAAAUUAAAAUUUUUCAUUUUAAAAUUAAAAAAUUUCGAGCUGCGCCCUGGCUAAUUUAAAAAAUUUUUGCAAAUGGGCUUAAAAAUGAAAAUUAUGAUUGAAAACAUGCCUAAAAUGAUUAAAAAACCAUAAAUACUUAUCAAUUUUCAUUUCAGCUCGACCUGCCGACCCACCUCGCAAAGGUGGUCCAGUGGCCUUUAACUAA